AUGACGUUCACAGACGAACAGACAUGCCAAAUUGCUAUUGAAAAGGGCAUUGACGUCGCUGGCCAUCACUACCAUGCUAUGCGAUCAUCACCCCCUGCACAACAACUUACGAACUUGGAGCUUUCGCAAUUACCAACCGGUUUGGAAACAGGUGACCUUAAGCCCAAGGCCUGUACGGAUCUGUGGAGGGUGGCUGGUUCCAAGGCAAGGGUUUUCGCCGUCCUCAUGAUUCGAAACAAUGACGAGUUACAUGAAAUGCUCACUCAUUGUAUCGGCCUUGGUGCUCUGCACAGCCGCAACCGUGUCUUCUAUGCCACCUUGCAAUCCAUCGGAGAUUAUUGCCAAUAUUGCCACUCACAAGAUCACGCGUUAUCAAAGAUCGUCCAGACGCUGAGUGUUUCAACUGUGGUCGCAAAGGACACAUUUCAGUUACAUGUGAUCAACCUCGGAACAGCUAAUCACCGAAGACUGUCCAUUCCAGCGAUUUCACUACAGCUGCCAAGAAGGAAGAUCGAGGCAGCUCCAAACGCAGCAAGUCAACUCGUCAAGUCGAAAGAAUCUGAACAGCUUCUAAAAGGAACAAGAAGCUCUCGACGAACCAUCAAAACUAGCAAGCAGCUCGCACUGCUCAAUGGUCGGAAGAAACGAUUUAUGGCUUGCUCUCGAGAUGGUGUGGAGCCGAUGGACGAAGACGAUGAGGUUACAUUGCUUCGAAAAGAAGUCAAGAUGCCGAUCGAAACCAUCCUCAAGGAUCUCCAGAAGUCGUUUCCAACGGGAACAGUGGUAUCUAGCCACAAUCCGCAAAACAAAAAUCCUGUUGUGAACGGCAACAAUGUUUUCUCAAGCCGGUUUAUCCUCUCCUCCCAAUUCCACAACGAGGCUAAAUGA